CAGAGGAGGGAGAGGCAGGCAGAGAGAUGAGUCCAGCUUACACACAGUGAACGCAAGGGUAAACGUAGGAGUGCGGGAAAGAGUGGACAUUUACAUUCUCUCCCUGAACAGAGUAGGACAGGGAGGAUCGUGCACCUCUAUUUUUGACAGAGUGAAAAAGUAACAGCAGGGAGGAGGAGAUCUGUGCUUUCCUAGACAACAGUGACUAUACUGCUACAGCAAAGAAGAGUGAGAGAUAGUGGCAAGAGAAGAGGAGACUCACAAGGGAUCAUGUGUUUUUCUAGUGAGGCACGGCAGAUUAUGUCUCGUGCUGGAGUAUGUUAGAGAUGUCUGAAAAGUAUGACUGAAGAGCAGUGUCAUGUCAAGAACUAGGAGUCUGGAGAGCACUCACUGAAGACAUGGCUCAGGUGAGGAAAUGGCUGAAGGCUAAAGACCUUAAAGAUGAAGGACUGUCAUCCAGUCAGAACACUCAACCUGUGUCAAAGAAGGAUGUGGCCUGGAAGGGUCCAUGCACAAUGGCGCUGCAGAAGAACUCACAGGGCUUUGGUUUUACUCUGCGGCACUUCAUAGUCUAUCCACCAGAGUCUGCCCUUCACACUAAUCUGAAGAACGAGGAGAAUGGCAAUGGCAAAGGAGGUCAAAGGAAUCGUCUGGAGCCAAUGGACACCAUCUUUGUGAAGAAUGUGAAAGAGAAAGGCCCAGCCCAUCAGGCAGGCCUGUGCACAGGAGACAGGUUGGUGAAGGUGAAUGGAGAAAGUGUGCUGGGAAAAACUUAUUCUCAGGUCAUAGCACUGAUACAAAAUAGUGAGAAUGUGCUGGAGUUGUCCAUCAUGCCUAAAGAUGAGGAUGUGCUACAGCUGGUAAGUGCAUAUUCUCAAGAUGCAUACUUGAGAGGGAAUGAGCCCUACACUGGAGAAACCCAAAACCUUCCUGAACCUUAUUCGGUCUGUUACUCAAGCAGCAAACCCACCACUGCCACCCAGAGCCACGGUCUUCCUGACAACCUGAACUCUGGGAUUGUCGUAGGAUCUCAGCAUGCCCAUCAUCACCUGACUCACCAAUGCACCCGCUCCUCAUCCUCAGCAGGGAUAACGAUGAGCCCGCUGGACUUCCACUUUGCCAACCACAAUGCAGCUAUCGUCUCCGCCUCACUCCCCCUCCCUAGGAAGGGCAGUCUUCCCCAAGCCCACAGUGAACUGUGCCACCAGGCUCUGUCAGAUUGGUACUACAGCCAAGCAGAUCGGCCAGGCCUUGGCAUGUCCCAUCACCACCAGAGCAUCUCUGAAGACCAGGUGUGUGAUCUGGGACUGGCACUAGGAAGGUCUUAUCGUGGGUGGCCACAUGGCACCUCUCAGGACACCCUCCUUCUCCACUACAGAGCAGCGAUGGGUGCCAAACACUCACCUUGUAUGGAUUCCUAUGGGCUGGGGAGGUGGAGUCAAACCUCCAGCCAUUCCUUUUCAGAGAACCUGCUGGCUGCAUAUGCUUCCUAUGAGCAGAGUUACGGCUGUUCACUAGAAACUCUAGAAAAGGCAUCUGUUCUGAUCUCUCCCCAUAAUGAAAGACCAGCAUGGCCUCAUCAAAGUAGUCAGCUAAUCAGCACUGAGGAGCAUCUAAGUCUGCCCAAUCAGCACGUGAUUGUUUCUGCAAUGGUGCCAUCCUCUGUUUGGGGCUUAAGCCAUAACCAGCAGCCAGCUGCUCAGAUCAAAUGUUCACUUGGACAAACUGCAGAUGAUCAGACAGUGGGUUACCGUAGUUACAGCCCCUCCUUCUGUCGAAAGUCCAGCCAUCUUAUGCAACAGUCUCACUCCUCCAGGGACCCUUCCUACACCGGACCUCACCAUAGCUGGACCCCCACCCCGAAAACCAGCCCACUGCAGAGUGCAUCCUUUGUCACUCCCCCCACAGCAGAGCCCCAAGACUCAGCUAGAGCAGGCUCAGUGGUCAGUGUGUUUGCUGAGGAGCCCGUUCAGGUUCAGGAGGUGGUGCUUAGACAAAAGCCCCCCUCAGGCAGAAAGACCCCUCCUGGUGUGCAACAUCCCCACCAUGCUUUUCCUGUGUAUUCACCUGAACCCCUUUCAGCCACAGUCGUUUCCUCACGGUCAGAAUACUCUGUGCACCAGACUAAUGUUGGCAUACCACCCUCAUCUGUGGAGCAGGACUCCCUGGCUGCCAUCCCAUUCAUAGAUGAGCCCACCAGUCCCAGUGUAGACCUGUGUGCUCGCCAUGUACCAGCAUCGUCCGUGGUAUCCAGCAGCUUGUGCCAGGCAUCUGCCCACACCACUAGCCCUGUCUGUCCAAUCCUCAUCUCCCCCCUUACCAGCCUCCUCUACACAGACUGCAGCAAUCUAAAAAACAGCCGUCGUUCCUCCUAUUUGCUGGCCAUUACCACGGAACGCUCCAAGUCAUGCGACGAGGGUCUGAACACCUUCAAGGAGGAGAGCCGUGUUUUCUCGAGACUACCAAAACGGGUUAAAAGCUUUUUCACAGAUGGCGUGAGUUCUCCUCUCUAUCCAACCUCAAUUACAUCUCUAGAGAGCCUUCGAGCAGCAGAGGAAGCUCAGUCUAAACGUCACUCCACCUCUGAACUAGGGAACAUCACUGUCACUGACAUCAGGAAAGAAGGCUGGCUGCAUUAUAAACAGAUUCUCACUGAGAAGGGAAAGAAAGUGGGUGGUGGCAUGCGGCCUUGGAAACGAGUCUUCUCUGUGCUGCGCUCCCGCUCGCUUUUCCUCUACAAGGAUAAACGGGAGGCAGUGCUUCACGCAGCCGAGGCAGGAGAUCACGGCAAUGGGCAAGGGGAAGACGAGGAGCCAAUCAGCAUUCGAGGCUGCUUGAUUGACAUUGCAUACAGCGAGACAAAGCGUAAACACACCUUGCGACUGACGACUCAGGACUUCUGCGAGUACCUGCUGCAGGCGGAGGACAGGGAUGACAUGCUAAGCUGGAUCAGAGUCAUCAGAGAGAACAGCAAGACUGACAAUGGGGAACUGGGCUUCUCCAGACAGGCACUCAUCAAUAAGAAGCUGAAUGACUAUAGGAAACAGAGUCCAACAGGCAACAAGCUAGAAACUUCUCCUAGGAUUCAUCGGAUGUUGCCACCUUUCUUUCUAUCAAAAACUGAAAACUUGUCAGGUGUGAACCGAGCCCCAGGGAAAGCUCUAACAGAUGAGAGUACUAAGGCACCAUGGGGCAUUAACAUAAUGAAAAAGGGAAAGAAAAUGGGUCCAAAAGCUUUUGGCGUGAGGCUGGAGGACUGCCUGCCUGAUUCCAAUAAUAAGUUUGUCCCACAGAUUGUGGUUACAUGCUGUCGUCUGGUGGAGGAGAUGGGUUUGGAAUAUAUUGGUAUCUACAGAGUGCCAGGGAACAAUGCCAUGGUGUCUUCUCUUCAGGAUCAGCUCAACAAGGGCAUGGAUAUAGACACUGCUGAGGAGAGAUGGCAAGACCUGAAUGUCAUCAGCAGUCUUCUGAAGUCAUUCCUCAGGAAGCUUCCAGAACCUCUUUUUACAGAUGAUAAAUAUAAUGAUUUCAUUGACGCCAACCGUUUAGAGGAUGCAGGGGACCGCUUAAAGACCAUGAGGAAACUUAUACGUGACCUGCCGGAUCACUAUUACCACACACUGAAGUUUCUAAUUAGCCACCUGAAAACAGUUGCGGACCAUUCAGAGAAGAAUAAGAUGGAGCCUAGAAAUCUGGCCCUGGUGUUUGGCCCCACACUGGUGCGGACCUCAGAGGACAACAUGACAGACAUGGUCACUCACAUGCCAGACCGCUACAAGAUUACAGAGACUCUUAUUUUGCAUCAUACGUGGUUCUUCAGUGAUAAGCGUGAUAAGGAUGAGAAGACACCAGAGGACCAGCAGAACUUACACCCUGUUCCAAAUAUCGAUCACCUCCUGUCUAAUAUUGGUAGGACAGUGCUGCUCGGAGACUCCUCAGAUUCCACCAACAGCGACUCAGCUAAAUCUAAGGGAAUUUCAACCUCCAAGAAAGACCCGAGUGCCAAAGACUUACUCACACCGUCCAUCAUAUCAGCCGUGACCCGGAAGAGAAAGAAACACCACAGCACCUUCCCCACAGGCAGCAGCACUGAUGAAGACUCUGAGCAUGAGCCAAUCAAAGCCAGCAACUAUGAGGAAAUGAGUGGCAACAGUGAGGUUCCAGGGGACAGCGAAGCAAGACAAAGCAGACUCCCACCCCGAAAAUCAGAAGACGAGACUAAGGAAGUCAGCGAGUUAGAGGGCAAACCAGAACAGGUGGAGGAGAGCCAAGAAGAAGAAAGGGUGACAGAGGAGGAGAACGUCAUUCUGCAGAAGGAACAGGAUGAGAUAAAAGUGGAAGUUUCUGAGAGAGAACAAACUGGUUCGAUUCGGUCUUGGCGCCCUCUGAGUUUCCUUUAUUCACACCACAGUGUUUCAGGUCUCGGGGCCUCAUUGCAGCUGACCAACUCCUCUCCCUCCACCUGCUCCAAUCCACCACAGCCCUUGAAUAUCACUCACAGUCUCGCACAGAGGAAACUCAGAGAAGAAAGAGUGCGACCUCACUCGCUGUAUGUAGAGCAGAGCCAGACUGGAGAGGAACGGGCCUCUCACACACACCUGGACUUCUCAAGAGUCAAAGCAUCUCUUGUUAAAGGUCAAGAGAAGCUGUGUCAGGUUGUGUUGCCCGGCAGGAGCUGCAGGGAGCCGUCUCUUCAGCAGGGCUGGAUGUGUCAAAAGCAGGUCAACCGAACAGCCGAUGGUCUUUGGGGAGCAGGGAGCCAGCGGCAAGCAGGCUCACCAGACACACGCCACAGGAGACGAGACUGGAAGGAGGCACCACACAGUUCUGGUUAAUGUGCCCGAGGAGGGUUGACCAAGCAAUGAGACACUAUAAAACAUGGAACCCCUUGCCAACUUCAGCCCUCCUCAACUUCAAUGCUUUUGUCCUCUUGCCUAAUUUGAAAAUGUCAUUAAAUGCUUCCACUUUAAGAAAACACAACAUAAAUAUGUAGCGGUAAUUUACAUUCAGGCAGUCAUUGUCGCAAAAUAAGUCAAGUGGUAAUGACCAUCUGGCUGUAUAUUAGCCCACUACAUGGCUAC